AUGGCUCAGCUUCGACCCAAUAGAUAUAAGUCGUCUCUUGGCCAGGGAAUUAGCACAACAGCUUCCACUCCUCCCUUCGAUAAGCUUCCAUUUUUGGGUACUAGACCUAGUUAUCGCUCCAUGGGAACAUCUAUAGAUUCCGCUAUUGGGAAAGUAAGGCAUGGAAUCACGCUAAGUUGGGGCCUUAUUCUAGACCUAUUAUGUAAGGAGUUGAAAUCCAAGGAGUUGAGGUUACCUCAAGAAGAUUUACAUCUUUCUGAUUGCGGUCACAAAAAGCUCAACUCUCAUAACUUGCCUGGUACGGUGUCGCUUUUGAAUACCUAUGGUAUCAAACGAUUAUCGACGCUAGCAAGAAAGAAAGUCACCUCAAAAUGGGCCCCGACCCCUAUGCCAAAGCAGUUGAGUGCAAGGAGGUCAAGCAGGGCUUCUUUAACCUUGGGGAGUUCUUCUGAAGCUAUGUCCGCUAAAGAAGUUGGGGAGCUUGGCCAGUCUCUCUAUCGCCCUGACCUUCGAAAGAGGAUCCUCUUUUCUAGCACUAUAGAGGACGAUGGUUUGACUUAG